AUGCCUAACCUUCCCUCCCCGCCAUCCCCCCUCUCUGCUUCGGGGAAGAAGAGACCACACCCCUCCAACGACACAUCGCCCACUCAACCCGACCCCGCGGUGUCGCAUACCUUGCGCGAUGGCCCCAACCCCUCCGCCUCGGCUGCCGGGCCUUCCACAUCGCCGGCGCAUUCAACUGCCACCGUUGCCUCGAGUGCAUCCUCGUCCUCCUUUCGAAACGUGUCUGCCUGUAAUCGCUGUCGACUACGCAAGAACCGCUGUGAUCAGCGCCUCCCACGAUGCCAAUCCUGUGAAAAGGCGGGUGUCCGCUGUGUCGGAUAUGACCCUAUCACCAAGCGAGAGAUACCACGCAGUUACGUGUAUUUCCUAGAAACCCGAGUCGCCUAUUUAGAGAAGCAGCUGGCGGAGCAUCAGAUAGAGUUUAAAAAGGCUGUUGCUUUUGACGAAGAGGAGGCAGUCAAAACGGAAACAGAACCCGAAAUUGCGCAACCCUCAUCUACUCUUGACGGAAACGCCAUUGAUAUCUCCGACAAGACACAAUGGAAGAAUCCAGCAUUAAAGGAGGAGAAUGACCGGUCCGAGCAAAGAGCGGAUGUGGAACAGACUGCAGAAGGUGCUCGCGAUCCCGCCAAUGAGGACAAUUGGCGCUUGCACAACUUGGUAUCAAACAUCGGCAUGGUUUCAGUGCAAGGCACAUCUGAUCCUCGGUAUCUUGGCUCCACAUCCGGUAUAUCAUUUGCUCGAGUUGUCUUUGCUGCAGUGAGAAGUUCACUGCCAGGCAACAUACCCGAGCGUGCUCCGAUCCGGACAAGUGACCGUCUCCCCCAAACAGCCGCCGGUGGACCUGGAGGAGGCACCAUGCGAGAUUCUUUCUUCGGUCUCCAGACGAAGCCGAUGAUGAAGCGUGCAGCCUUCCCCGACCGCGAGCUAGCUGAGCGACUCAUCGAUCUUUAUUUCGAACACGCCAACCCCCAAAUGCCCAUUCUCCACCGCCCGGAAUUUAUGGAACUUUUAGAUCGAACAUAUCAGCUGGAAGAGAAAAAUCGAUCCCCACGCGCUCUUUAUAUCCUCAACAUUGUGUUUGCUAUUGGCGCUGGGAUCAUCUUCGACGACAAGCCCCAAAGUUCAGAUGAGGAGAGCCGCGCUGGCCGUGACCGAGCCUCGUCCACAACCAAGCGACCAAGGCUGUCUAGUCACCAAUACCAGCCAGAAGAGUACCAUGCCUCGGCGAUAGUGCAUUUGGAAUCUUUCCUGGGAUCCUCAUCCAGUGAGGGCUUCGGUGGGUUAGAAGAACUCCAAGCAGUGCUUUUGUUGGCCAGCUUUGCUCUGCUCCGGCCUGUUGCACCGGGUCUGUGGUAUAUUGUGGGUGUCGCUAUGCGCCUAGCAGUUGAUUUGGGCCUCCACUAUGAAGAUGGGGUUGGUCUUGAUACCGGAUCCAAGGAUGGUAACCCUAUUCAACCCCGCAUCGAUGCGCGUGAGCGUGGCCGACGCGAAUGGGUUCGUGACCUGCGACGUCGCCUUUGGUGGUGUGUAUACAGCUUUGACCGUCUCGUUGCUACUUGCGUCGGACGGCCAUUCGGUAUUAGCGAUCAAGCCAUCAGCACCGAGUUCCCAUCCAUGAUGGAUGACAAGUUUAUCACCAAGUCUGGUCUGUUGUCACCACCCGAGGGAGCCCCGACUUAUAAGCAUGUGGCUUUCCAUUACUUCAAGCUUCGUCUUCUUCAAUCCGAAAUUCACGAUGUCCUUCAAUACCAGCAAGCCCGUGCUGUGCGAAGACGUGCGCCAGAUAGCAUGGUUAUCUUGCCCCACGCUGAACUUACCUCACCGUUCCUCCAAGGAUUUGAUUCAUUCCGCUCGUGGCGACAUGAUGUACACCGUCGCUUGGUGGAAUGGCACGAGACAGCCCCAACUCGCGCGGACACUGGCGUUCGAUUCUCUAUCGAACUUUUGGAGUUGAACUAUUGGCAAGGCAUAAUUCUGCUCUAUCAGCAGAGCUUGACGGUACCCGCUGAGUUGGCUAGCGAAUUGACUCCGGCCGACGAUGUCUCCAGUCCAUCCUUCUCAAAUCCGGACGAGGGUGAUGAAGAAGACCAUGUCUACCUGAAUGUUGCCGAAGCUGGUCAGAAAGUGAUUCGAAUCUAUCGUCAGCUUCACCGUGUGCGUUUGGUGAAUUAUACGUAUCUUGCUACUCACCAUAUUUUCAUGGCUGGAAUCUCCUUCUUAUAUGCUAUCUGGCAUUCGCCUCUUGUUCGAAGCCGACUCACUCUCGAUGAAGUCGAUUUUACUGUCCUUGCGGCAACAUCCGUUCUGGGUGAUUUGAUGCAUAAAUGUCCACCUGCUGAGAAUUGCCGUGAUGCUUUCGAGCGGAUGAGCAAGGCCACAGUCCAGAUGUGUCUCUCUACGACCGGCUUCGGGUCUCAAGUUGACAUGUCCCGUGUGCAGACAUCGUCUCACGCAAGCAGCUCAUUGUAUCAUGGCCGCACACGCCAGCAAAUGGGUCAACGACAACAACCGGGCCAAGGUCAGGCUCGCCGACAAACCCAGAGUCGCUCGUCGCGGCCAGUUCCCAAGUUCGAUAUGAACCUGGCAGACCUAUUCAGCGACAACCCGCCUCUGGCGGACCGAUCAAGGAUCGAGAAUAGGCCCGGGGGACCUCCCUAUGCUGUCCGACCAGAUGCCCCAGAGACUCUACCUCCGGGCUUCGCACCCACAGAUCACACAGGUCGUCCGUUCGCCCAGCGCACUCCCUCGAUGGAGUACUAUAUGAAAUAUGAAAACUCCACUUCUCCCCAGGCCCCUCACCCUCAGUUCUACUAUGGUAACUCGCCACCGCAGAGCGGUUCUCCUGGCAGUGUUGCCGCCCAUUCUGCCAAUGGCCCUCAUGGCGUUCCACCUACCGACCACCCGGAUAAUCAACCUGGAAUCAGUCUCGAUUUCUUGGACUUUAGCUCUGGAGAUCCCGAUCAUCCAUCGAAUAUGGAGACAGAUGCGAAUGCAGACUAUCAUCUCGCCAAUAUGCCUCCUAUCGGUCCCAACUUAGGACAGAACGUGGGCAUUGAUCUGGGCUUUGGCAUGGCUAUGGAUUUCCAACAUGAUUGGAGUGAAAAUCCCAACUAUGAUCUUCUAGAAGGGUAUUUCUUCGGGGGCUCUGGACCUGGCGCAUCCGGUGGGGAUGCGUAA